GUCUUCCCGAUCGAGGUAGGGAUAGGCGCUCGACUCGGAUAAGAGAACCAAGACGACAUGGUAAGGUGGUUAUUCCGUUACUGGAGCACGUGGAGUCGUACCAGGAGUAUAAGAAGGCUUCGUGGGUACUUACCUGACUACGGAGCUGGAUCUCACAUUUCCCACAACUCCACUCCGCGUUUAAACGCCGUGUUUUAGGGCACUUUUACCCACAGCAACGCAACGAUGAAGACUUUAUUGCCUGCUUUGAUCCUGGCGGGUCAACUAUCCGCCAGCCCUGUCGUGAUCGAAGAGCGCCAGAACAGUGUUGGCACUGGUCCAUUUGCUCCAGCGGGCUACUACACAAGCAAUGCCUUCGGCGGGCACACCUUCUACGCGCCCAAGACGAUCCCCUCCGACGCCAAGCUCCCCGUCCUCCUCUGGGGCAACGGCGGCUGCUCCGCCGACGCGACAGGCCAAGCCCCCUUCCUCACCCAACUUGCCUCCCACGGCGUCCUGGUCAUCGCGAGCGGCACCCCGGGCGGCGGCGGUAGCACCACGGCCGACAUGAUGAAGCAGUCCAUCGAUUUCAUUACCCGCAACGCCGGGUCCGGUGACUGGGCCAACAUCGACGCCUCGCGCAUCACCGCCGCCGGCUGGAGCUGCGGCGGCGUCGAGGCGUACGCCCAGAUCUGGGAUCCCCGCGUCCAGAGUGUCGGGAUCUGGAACUCGGGCCUGCUGACCAACUACUCCUCCGCCGGGGACUUCCGCAAGCCGGUGUUUUUCUUCCUGGGGGGGCCUAGUGAUAUCGCGUACCCGAACGGCGAGCGCGACUACAAUGCGAUGCAGGCGGGCGUACCCAAGUGGAAGGGUAACUUGAACGUUGGUCACGGUGGGACGUAUACGGACUACAACGGUGGCAAGUUUGGCACUAUCGGGGCGAACUGGGUGAAGUGGAUCUUGCGUGGGGAUACCUCCGCCUCGGCGUAUCUGACGGGCAGUGGCGCGAGGAACGAUGGCUGGUCGGUUGUGUCGGCAGACCUGGACAAGAUCGAUGUCACCCCCAUCGGCGAGGGAUCCGGUGGGGGUGGUGGUACCCCCACCACGACUUCGUUGACCCCUGAGCCGACUGGCGGUAACGGCGGUGGUGGUGACUGCUCGCCCCUGUGGGGACAGUGUGGUGGUGAUGGGUGGGCAGGACCGAGCUGUUGCUCCCAGGGGACAUGCAAGGCGUCGAACCAGUGGUACUCGCAGUGCCUGAACUGAGGGUUAGGUGCGUAGGACUUGGGUGACGAG